ACCGGGCCACUCGUCUCUACGAGUACGUACAGGUUUGCUUCACUAGUUUUUUGCCGAGUUAUACAGUGAAUCGAUUCUGACUAUAGUGUUGUUAGCAUUAUAUAAUAAAGAUGCAACACGAAAUCACAUUGUUCGACGAUGAAGUAGCAAAUCUCGUUAAGAAACACCUAACCAGACCGGAUCAUCAAGGUUACAUAAAACUGGAUGGAAUUACUUUACCGGAGCAAUUCAGAAAAUUCGUCAAUACCAUAGACAACUUUGAAGUUCGCGAUGACGAUAUUUGGGUCUGCAGCUUUCCACGGACGGGUACUACUUGGACGCAGGAAAUGGUUUGGUGCAUAGCUAACGACUCGAACUUUGAGAGAGCCAAAGUUCUUCUCAAUGACAGAUUUCCAUACUUGGAGAUAUCUGCUGUGAUUGGCGCUCCGAAACCAUUGGAUCAUGGUCCAAUCUCUGACAUUAAGGUGCCAGAACACGUGAUCGACAGUAUCGGAUAUUGUCAAAAAUUGGCCAGUCCCAGAUUCAUCAAGACACACCUUCCGUUCAGUUUACUUCCUCGGCAGCUUAAGAGAGGAGAAAAAAAUGCCAAGAUUGUAUACGUUUCCCGAAAUCCCAAGGACACGUGCAUUUCUUAUUUUCAUCACGCCAAAGUAUCCGAAGGGUUUAAAGGGAGCUUCGAGGAUUGGUGUGAUCUCUUUAUUAAAGACGCAGUUAUGUACGCACCUUUCUGGAAACACGUGCUUGGUUUCUGGAAGCAGAGAAUCAACGACAACUUCCUAUUCCUAAAGUAUGAGGACAUGAAAAGGGACUUGCCCUCGGUAAUAAAGAGAACCGCAAAAUUUCUCGGUAAGAACUUGACCACCGAUCAGGAGUCGGUUUUGAUCCAGCACCUGAGUUUCGAUAGCAUGAAAGUGAACCCAGCUGUGAACAACGAGGAAGUCAUAGCCGUUAUGCAGAAGUUAAAUCCGUCCGAAAAAAAAGGAGAGUUCAUAAGGCGCGGAACGACCGAACAGUGGAAAACCGAAAUGGCACCUGAAAUCGUUCAGCAGUUUGACGAUUGGACUCGGGAAAAUUUGAGGGGUACUUAUUACUCCACUUCUGAAUAACAGGUCUCAGCUUGUUUAUUGGAUG